AUGGGAAUUCAAAACACUGCAAUUUGUAAUCCAACUGGUAAAGAGUUUUUAUCAGUUGAUAUUUUGAAUAUAGUUACAGCAUCAUUAUCUUUGAUUGGUAGUGCAUUAACCGUAAUUUCAUAUAUAUAUAAACAAGUUAGAACCUAUAGAUCACAAGUAAAGAUUAGAGAGCAACAGAUACAAAAUACGAUCGCAGGGGGAACAACAUUGAUUACCUCAGGCCAGUUCAAACAGCCACAAUCAAAAUUACCAUUUUUAAUUUUUAUGCUUUCGGUAGCAGACUUUUUCACAUCGGUUUUCAUUAUUAUUUCACAAAGCUAUCUUAUUAAUAACCCAGAAUCAUACAGCAGAGAUGAUACCGGUUCAAGUAAAAUUCAUUUUUCGCCAUGUAUUCUUUUUAGAGCAAUCAUUCAAUUCUUUUUCCUUUCAACUUUCUUUUGGACAACUUGUAUAUCCUAUUAUUUAUAUCAUCAAUUAUCAUCACCAGGUGAAGAAAAAUAUUUAAUUACAAUUUUUAAUAUUAUAUCAUGGGGUAUACCAUUGACGAUUUCAUUGGUAAUAACAUUAACAAACUCUAUAGUUAUUGAUCCUACAGGUUGGUGUGAAGUUAAAAAACCAAUGGAAUUUAGUUUAUGGUUUUUACCAUUAUUCCUUUGUUUAGUUGUAUGUUCGAUUUACUAUAUUAGAUUAAGAAAGUUAUUUAGAAGCAAAUUCGAAUAUAGAUUACAAAUUAAUGAUCGUUUAAAACAAUUAGACUCGACUAUAUCAAGAAGAUUAACUCUUUACAUUAUUGUUUUCAUUAUUUGUUGGCUCCCAGAUGUAAUUCAACACUUUAUUUCAUUCUUUUCAACCUGCACAUUCUUCCCACUUUUAAUUUUACAAAAUAUUCUCACACCAUCCCAAGGUUUCUGGAACUUCUGGGUAUACAGCUUUACAAACAAAGUAGUUGGUAUUCAAAAAAAUACACAAGGAAAUGAUGAAAAUAAAAGAUUAUUAUCCUAA